AUGCCUCGUCGUAGUCUUUCUGAAAAUGUUCAUCGUGCUCGCCGUAAUAGCAACAAUGCCUUAUAUGAGGCCUUGGGGGUGGUCCAAGAUGAGAAUAGUUGUUUAUUUCGGUUGGUGGCCUCACAAAGAAUAAGAAUACAAAGUUUAGAGACAGAGUUGGUAGAGUUGAGGACUAAUGCGGUUUCAAGAGUGCAGGAUGGGUGGAUGUUGAAGCAACAGUAUACUCGGUUAUUGGAAGAAAGAAAUAGGUUGAGGGCAAGGUUAGCAAAUGAUGAGAAGGAAUUAAGAAGGUUAAGGGCAGAGGAAAGAAGAAGGGAGAGAAAUAAUAAUAAUAGAGAUAGAAUGUCAGAUUUUG